AUACGAGCUCUCACAAGAUUUGUUGGAGAAACAAAUUGAACUAUUGGAGCGUAAGUACGGUGGCGUGCGAGCACGUAAUGCUGCCGUAACGAUACAACGCGCCUUUCGCCACUAUAUGAUGGUGAAAAAAUUCGCCUCAAUUACCGCAAUGGCCAAAGCUGAGAAGCGUCUAAGUCGUCGUGUAUUAAUAGUGUCUGGCGGUGGUGGUGGUGGGACCGAAGAUGGUCCUCCCUCCAAUUCUUCAUUGUCCUCGGCAUAUGGAAGUGCAACUGAAUCUCAGCUGGAUAUGAUACAGCAACAGCAGCAACAACAGCAGCAGCAGCAGCAGACACAAAUACAGGGCUCUACUUCACCGUAUGCCGUCAACCAACAACAGCCGCGUGUUACCAUCUUGGCUGGGCCACCGGGCAGCGUAGGCGUUCCAGCUGUGCCUAUUGUCUCGUCAAAUGCCAUGUCAGCGCGCACACCACCCACGCGUUCGCUAUCGAUGCGCGAGCGCCGCCAGCAGGAUGGCAGCCCUAUACCGCGCAGUCAAUCAGGUGCCUCUUCGGUUCCCAUUGGCGGCGGCGGCAGUGGCUCUUCUGCCUCUUCGACAUCUUCCGGCACGCUAGGUUCAUCUGGCUCUACGCAUCCACAUGUAAAUUUACUACACGCCACAGAGCCACAUUUCUAUGGCAGCCAACAUCUGGCCACCCAUUACUAUCAUGUGCCACCACACGACGCCAGUUACGGCAGCUCGGCGAACAAUUCACAUUUGGACGGAAGCUCGUUGAAUACCUCGUGGGCGAGUGUUGCCAGCGUAGCCAGUGGCACGUCGCCCCAUACCCCCUACUAUUCGGCGGCUCAAAUUUACAUGCGACCAAAAGGCGCCCCUGGCAGCACCUCGGCCGAGCGCAAGAAGGUGCCACCCGAGGUACCGAAACGCACCUCCUCCAUAGCAGCACAGCAGCAUGCGCAGCAUUUGGCCGCUCAGCAACAACACCAACACAUGCUAAUGAUGCGCCAAACCCCGCCGCCACCACCCUCGUUGUUGCGUUCGAAUGGGCUUUGUAAGAGCGCCGAGAAUGGCAGUCUAACGUCUGUGCAAAGUUCGGGUAGUGAUUCGAGCGUUACAUCAGCCGAUCGAAUUGCAGUUAACAGUGAUAUUGGUUCGGAUCGUUCGAAUUCGCCGCAAACGUGGAAGCGUAACACGGCGCUGUCGAGCUCACAACAGUUCGUGCACAGCGGUGACUCGUCAGCCCCGACGGUCACAUUUAGCCUCGCGCACUCAACCGCUGGCAUUGUAACAGGUGGUGUAGGUGGCGCCUCAGGCGUUGUGGGAGUGGUUGGCGCAGCCAAUACAGCGGAUGAUCAUGCUGUGUCUUCGCAUACGACUGCAGCGCAGUACGAACAACACGAUCAACAGCAGGAUCAUCACUUGAAUGCGGCGGCGCCUUUGCAGAACUACAAGGUUUCAGAAACGAUACGCAAGCGACAGUAUCGCGUCGGUUUGAAUUUGUUCAACAAGAAGCCGGAGAAGGGCAUCACAUAUUUGAUACGGCGAGGUUUCCUUGAGAACACACCUCAGGGCGUAGCGCGCUUUCUCAUCUCGCGCAAGGGCUUAUCGCGGCAAAUGAUUGGGGAGUAUUUAGGAAACUUGCAGAAUCAAUUCAACAUGGCGGUGUUGAACUGUUUCGCAUUGGAGUUGGACCUAUCUGGCAUGCAAGUCGAUGUAGCGUUGCGCAAAUUCCAAGCUUACUUCCGCAUGCCAGGCGAGGCGCAGAAAAUUGAACGGCUAAUGGAGGUGUUCUCACAACGCUUCUGCCAGUGUAACCAGGAUAUAGUCGGCCGACUGAGGUCCUCCGAUACGAUCUUCGUGCUGGCCUUUGCCAUCAUUAUGCUAAACACCGACUUGCAUACACCCAAUUUGAAACCGGAGCGCCGUAUGCGCGUGGAGGACUUCAUAAAGAAUUUACGCGGCAUUGAUGACUGCCAUGAUAUUGAGAAGGACAUGCUCGGUGGCAUUUACGAGCGCGUGAAGGCUAACGAAUUUAAGCCAGGCAGUGACCAUGUCACACAAGUAAUGAAAGUGCAGGCCACUAUUGUGGGUAAGAAGCCCAACUUGGCGUUGCCACAUCGACGCUUGGUCUGCUAUUGCCGCCUCUAUGAAAUUCCCGACGUAAAUAAGAAGGAACGCCCUGGCGUACAUCAACGUGAAGUUUUCCUCUUCAACGAUCUGCUGGUGAUUACCAAAAUAUUCAGCAAGAAAAAGUCCUCCGUGACCUAUACUUUCCGCAACAGCUUCCCACUAUGCGGCAUGGUAGUCACGCUGCUCGAUGUGCCCAAUUAUCCAUUUUGUAUACAACUCUCACAAAAAGUCGACGGCAAAAUACUGAUCACUUUUAAUGCGCGUAACGAACACGAUCGUUGCAAAUUCGCCGAAGAUCUAAAGGAGUCCAUUAGCGAAAUGGACGAGAUGGAGGCGUUGCGCAUCGAAGCCGAGCUAGAGCGGCAGAAAUCGGCGCGCAAUCGUACAGCCGGGAGUUCUGAGAACCGUGAUAGUGGCGUAGCUGACGUAGAAGUGGGAGCAUAUCAGUCCACACCAGCUGGCGAGCUAGCACCGAAUGCAAACGAUGCCGCACAGCAGCUGAAACGUAGCGCGCUCAGCAACAGUCUACUCGAUAUGCAUGAGCAAUUUGGCAACGAGAAGCCACAACGUCGUGGCAGCGUCGGUUCCCUGGAUAGCGGCAUGUCUAUUUCCUUUCAAUCGACCACCACAAGCAGCGCUUCACGCGAGAACGCCGCCGUUAUUGCAGCAGCCGCCAAUGCAGCAGCAGCCAAAAUGCGUUUCAAUCUACCAGCUGGCGCCGCCGUGGCAAUGGGGGGUAAUGUAAGCGCUGCUAUCGUUUAUCCCAAUGCUGUCGGCUCGUAUGCUCACGCGGCAGCAGGUUUUGUUAGUCAACCUCACGCAAUACUUAUGCAGCAACAAUUAGCAGCGCAACAGCAGCAACAACAGCAUUUGCAGCACAUACAACAACAGCAGCAGCAGCAGCAACAAGCACAUGCAGUUAUGCAGAGCUCAAUAACAGGACGCAUGCCGGGUAGCGGGCGCGAGCGAAAAUCGUCGCGUUCCGAUGAAAGUGGGCGUUCUACUGAAGUGUAAAGAAAGAAACAGUAUGAGAGGGAGGGAAGCUGUAGAAAAUGUAUGUACGCGAACUGUAGGGAAGAGCAAAAUUUACUGCAAUUUAAAGGGAGUAUCUUAACACAGCUAGGAAACAGCGCCAGGAAUUUUUGAAAACUAUUUGCCUUUUUCUUAAAAAAUGGUUUUUGAAGGAGAAAACUUCUUUUAUUACAUUAUUUUCUUUGUAAAUAUUGGAUUUUAGCAAAUAUUUUCAAGUAUUUUCUAUGGCGAGAAAAGUAUAUCACUUUUAUAAGAGUCUAGUUUGAGCCCUUCUUAUUCCGAAUGAUGCCUUGGAUGCAUUUAAUUUAAGAUGUGACAAGCCACUAGCAAAUGCGGUCACAAAAUCAAUAACAAAUAUUUACUUUUUGGUUGAGAACCUUAAGUUUUUGAUAGUUUUAAUAAAUUUUAGGCGCUUGAAAUGAUUUUGAUUGUAAUUAAAAAUAUGUAAAUAAACAUAAUUGUCAAUAAAGUAAACUAAUGAUUUACAAAUUGAAUAACUUACACUUUUAAUUAACGUAUUUUAACCCUUUAUUUUUUGCGUUAUUUUUAUUGAAAGCAA